AUGAAAACAAUAUCAUAAGAAGAAGCUAAUAGUUAGUUAAAUAAACCAGCUAAACUCGUUAAAAAGUUCAAAAAAAUAUGGAAGUACAAAAUUAACUUUUAUUGUAAAAAACACAACUAAAAAUUCACUUUGAGGUGUUAUUUAUGCAAAAAAAAAAUAUGCAACAGUUGUGAAAAAAAAGGAAUAGAAGAUAAUCAUAUAUUUAAAGGUAUCUUUAGUGGAAAUGAUACAGAUUCAACCUUUACCUUUGAGAAAUAUUUUGAGCUUAAUAAUUAAUACUGCAAAUCUAAUGUGGUAUCAUAUGUAGAUUAACAGACUAAGAGGUUGAUGUUAUUGUUUUGUAGUAACUAUUUCUUAAAUGACUUUGAUUUGGAAGCUAAAUGUGUUAAGAGGUAGAUUUUAAUGGUAGAAAACUCUUAUCGUAUGAAGACGAUAAAAAAUGUAUAAUUACUGAUUUGGCAUAAUUAUACUAUUCGCAUGUUUGAUAUUAACUUUAUGGCUUAAAGAUAAAUAGGAAAAUUGGAAUUUAUUGUUCAUGAUAUCGAAUAUUUUGAGAAUAGGUAAAUUUUGGUUGUUGCCAGUGAAGGCGGAGGAGUAUAUCUAAUGAACAUGAAACUCAGGAUUGUUAGAAAAAUUAAAAAUAGUGAACAUCUUUUCUUUUUUGAAAUUGACAAAUUAAGUCAAGAACACCUGCUUUGUUCAACAAUAUAGCCUACAAUACAAAUAAUUUAUAUUCAUAAAAUAAAUGUUAUUACAGGCAUAACAGACGAGCUUUUCAAAAAAACACCUGAUCAUAGAAAUCGUUAGAGAUUAAACUUUUUGCUUACUAUGCGUGAUUGCAAAAAGAAUUACAGAAGAAUUGGUGAAAAAGCCUUAGAUUAUGUCAACACAUAUUAUAGAAACUCAUACAUUUCUAAGUUAGUAGAUAACUAAUUUAUAAUACUUAUCAAUUUUCAUAUGAGAAGAUUGAUAAUUUGUGAUUUAUUAAAGGAAGAAGUAGUUCAAAUAAUAUCACUCCCUAAAAAUAGUGUUAUGUACUAUUACAUAUACAUCACCAAUGACUAUAUUGUGAUACCUGCUAAUGAUUUUUUAAUUUACAAAAGAAAAUUUGUACAAAAUCAAGUCUCAGUAAAUUGA